AUAAUCGUGGCAGAAGAGAGCCUCUGUAUCGCUGUGGGAGGCAACCUGACACAGAUAUAGAAGGGAUGCUCAAAAUACCAUCAACACAAACUUUUUUCUCUCUCUUUUGUAACACACAGCUUUCCAACUUUGCUGUGCAAGGUGAUGUGUGAUCAAGAGAGUCCAGCCAUGCAGCUGAAUGAGACUGAAGUUCAAACCCUGGCUCCAGAGCCAUGUGAGCAACAAAUACUACAGGAGGACAAUACUGGAAACUGUAGUGGAGGCUCCACCAGCAACCUGUCGCUACACUGCUGGCUGCAGCUCCUCACCAGGGAAUCUAUCAUGGAAUUUCAAGGAGACAGCUCCAGUCUGGUGGUGCGUGUGAUGAUAGCAUGUGUCUACUCUAUAGUCUGUGCGCUCGGGCUGGUAGGAAACUCACUGGCUCUUUAUCUGCUGCACUCACGUUACAGGCAAAAUCAGUCAUCCAUCAACUGCUUUGUGAUGGGACUGGCUAUCACAGAUUUACAGUUUGUUCUGACUUUGCCUUUCUGGGCAGUGGACACAGCCCUGGACUUCCGCUGGCCAUUUGGCCGUGUGAUGUGCAAAAUCAUCAGCUCUGUCACCACCAUGAACAUGUAUGCCAGUGUUUUCUUCCUUACAGCUAUGAGCAUGGCACGCUAUUACUCUAUCUCCUCUGCACUGAAGAUGCACAGCCGGCGAGCAGCAGCCACCAGGGCCAAGUGGACCAGCCUGGGAAUCUGGGCUGUCUCUUUGCUGGCCACGUUGCCUCAUGCCAUCUACUCCACAAGCGCCCAGGUAUCAGAUGAGGAACUUUGCCUGGUGCGCUUCCCGGACUCAGGCACCUGGGAUCCACAGCUUCUUUUGGGUCUAUACCAGCUGCAAAAGGUCCUGCUGGGCUUCCUUAUUCCUUUGAUCAUAAUAACUGUCUGCUACCUGCUUCUAUUGCGCUUCAUCCUCAGCCGACGCAUUGCGGGCACUGCGGGCCCAGAGGUGGAGCAGUGCCGGCAAAGUCGUCGCUCCAAAGUGACCAAAUCUAUUGUCAUCGUGGUUCUGUCCUUCUUUCUGUGCUGGCUUCCCAAUCAGGCACUGACACUGUGGGGAGUGCUCAUAAAGUUUGACCUUGUGCCCUUCAGCAAGGCUUUCUACAACGCACAGGCUUAUGCCUUCCCCCUGACUGUGUGUUUGGCACACACCAACAGCUGCCUCAAUCCUGUGCUCUACUGCCUGAUUCGCAGGGAGUUUCGAGCGGGUCUCAAGGAGCUUCUCUUCCACACCACACCAUCCUUCAGGAGCCUUACUCAUCUGCUGCGUCGCAAGGCCAAAGUGGCUGAGGCACCCCCUGUUCUGGUGCUGGUCCAAAUGGAUGUCUGACUGGAUGACUGAUUUUCUGUGACUGAGGAGUUGAAGGAAUGAAUGACUCACAAAGUAAAGAAGUGAGAGCAGCUAACAGAACUUGAUUUGGAGUUGUUUACCAUGAAGGUGCAUUCAUCUCAACCUUGUCAACACAGAAAAUCAAAUAUCUUUUAAGCUUCAGAAAACAAUAUAAUGAUAAUGGACCACCCAGUGGGAUGUGCCCCACUUUCACUGCGUGCGCUAAGAAACACUCUGUCACAAAUAUUUUCACUUGUUAUACAAUGACUCUCUCUUUCUCGCAGCAUCUCUGUUUCUCUCUCUGCCGCUGACAGGCAAUACUUGUAAUGCUCCCAGUGUAAUGUUUAAUGAAUAUGUAUAAACGUCAUAGUUGCAGCAAUCGGACACUUGUCUGAGAGGAGCUCAGUUAAAUCCUCAAUUAACAUUUGCCACUCCAUCAACAUCAUGUGAUUAACCAUUUUUUCACACUCAUGGAAGGCUGAAAACAUCGCAUGAGUAGUGAUAAAACUCUUGAUUGACUUGGAUAAAAGAAGAGCAAAUCAAGAUCAAGAAGUUGUA